GAUCAACAGGACGGCCGCGAUUACUGAAGUCUGUUACAAAAUACCAUGGAUCCCCGUACCAGUGCCCAGGAUGUGAUACGAUGUGAUCUUUGUGAGACCGCUGUGGUACAAAUGCACUGUGAUACAUGUUUUGUCAACCUAUGUAAGGCCUGUGUGGGAGAGCACAUCUCAACAGGUGAAACCAAAGAUCACAAGGUCGUCAAAUUUCAGGACAGAAAAUCCACUCCCAUUUACCCUAGAUGCCCAUCUCAUGCCAAAGAGCGAUGUGAAAUGUACUGUAAACAAUGUGACAAUCCUGUCUGCAGCAGCUGCCUUGCAUCUAAACAACAUUUACGUCAUGAAUUAUCUAAAGUUUUGCAAAUUGUGGAUGACAAAAAAGACAUAAUUAGGAAGGAAAGAAAUGAAUUAAAUGAGAAGAUUUGUCCAACCUACCAGGACAUUGCCUCUGAUGUACAAAACAGAAUGAGUCAGUUAGAAAAGGAAUAUGGGGAUCUCUCAACAGCCAUAACAAUACAUGGAGAGGACUGGCACAGAGAAAUUGACAGACUUGUCAAGAAACUUAAAGCUGAGAUUGAUGAGAUGAAAAACACACAGAUUCAAACUCUACAGAAACAUCUGGAAGAAAUAAACAAAAAAAUGUCUGACAUCAAGAAAGAAAUUGAUUCCAUGGAAAUUGCAAUAGAAACCAAUGACUUGUCAAAACUAUUAAGUGUCACGUCCAAUGUACACACAUACAGAAAUCUUCCACACAAAAUCAUUCCAUUGUUACCCAAAUUCGUUCCAGGAAAAAUUCAUCAAGAAGAACUUAAUAAACUGUUUGGAGCCCUAUCACCAAGUUCUUUAUCAUCAGAUAAACAUGGCUACAGCAUGACGACAACACAGAAAUCACCAGAAACUGGAUCCUCUCCUCCAGUCAAACAGCUGCUUGAUGAACCACAGACUGUCACCACCAUAGACACUAGUAAUCAGUAUGGACUAUACAAUGUGGCCUGUCUGAGUGAUGAAAAAAUCUGGACAAGUGGAGGUGACAACACCAUGAAACUCUUCAGCAUCAAUCAAGGAUCACUACUCAAGUCAAUCAUAACCAAGUCAGGGAACGAACCAUGUGACAUAGCAGUGACAAAACGUGGGGAUCUAGUUUAUACUGAUUACAGAUAUAGAACUGUGAACAUUGUGAAGAAAGAGAAGAUAAAGGAGAUGAUCAGACUACAGAACUGGAAACCUCAAGAUGUCUGUAGUACCUCCUCUGGUGACCUCCUGGUUAUCAUGGACAGUGAUGAUGACAAACAAACAAAAGUUGUCCGUUACUCUGGCUCCACAGAGAAACAAACCAUUCAGUUUGAUGAUAAAGAUAAACCUCUUUAUUCUCUUGAUAGUUAUAAAAAGUAUAUAACUGAGAACAAGAAUCUUGAUAUAUGUGUGUCUAACUGGGGAGCUAAAGCAGUAGUGGUGGUCAAUCAGGCCGGGAAACUGAGAUUCAGGUACACUGGACAUACUCCUGCUCCAAAGAACAAACCAUUCAAUCCACAAGGAAUCACCACAGACAGUCAGAGUCACAUCCUUACAGCUGAUGAUAACAAUCACUGUGUCCACAUCAUAGACCAGGAUGGACAGUUCCUCUGUUACAUAGUCUGUGGAUUGAGUUUUCCCUGGGGACUGUGUACGGAUACAAAUGACAAUCUGUUUGUUACUCAAGAGAGAAACAAACAAGUGAAGAAAAUCAAAUAUCUGCAGUGAAAUCUAUGACCAUUAUAACAAUAGAACAUGACAAUGAUUUAUUUCUAAAACGUCAUAAUAUAUCACUCUUAUUAUAACUAUUUCUCACAGAAGGAACAGAUGAAU